ACAAAGUGUCUCAAAAUGGGGCAAGAAGAGGAAUCCACCGUGGAGGCGAGAAGGAGAAGGAGGAGGGGGGCUGAGGAGGAGGAAGCCAGAGGUUCUACACACAAGAUGGCUGCUGUGUCCUCUGCCUCUGACACUGGGGACCCCAGGGGUCGGCACCCCCCAGAGCGCAGGCUGCUGAUCCUUGGGGGGCCCCAGUCCGGUAAGACCUCCACCGCCAACAACAUCCUGGGGGAUGAGGUCUUCGACGUUGGGACAGAGACGACUCACAGCAACGUGGGUCAGACGGAGAUCUACGGCCGGCGGGUCACUGUGGUGGACACCCCGCCAUGGGCCAUCCCCAGUGACCCGGAAGACAGCACAGAACCUGACAAUAAUGACGACGCCGGUGCUGAAUCGGACAACCCAACGCGGCCACCGGCCAGCCUUGAUAGCGAGGGGCCAUGCAUGGGGGCUAUUCUCUGCCCUCCAGGACCUCACGCCAUCCUGCUGGUGGUGUCGGUCACCCAGCCCUUCGCCGACACGGAGAGGAGGGCCGCAGAGGAGCAGCUGGGGGCCCUGGGUGGAGGGACCUGGAGGUACUCCAUGGUGGUCUUUACUGGGGUGGACAAGCUGCCUAAAGGGGUCUUCAUUGAGGAGCACAUAGCCAACACUGGAGAGGCCCUGCAGUGGCUGGUGGAGAGAUGUGGAAGCAGGUACCACGCCUUUGAUAACACUCGGAAAGACACAGAAGACAACACGCAGGUACCAGAGCUGAUGGAAAAGGUGGAAGAAAUGAUCACUGACAACCAAGGCUGGUACUUUGAGGUGAAUGAGUUGAUUUUACUGGAGGAAGAGCAGGCGAGGAGAGCUCUGGAAGAGGAGAGGAUGAGGAUGGAGGAGCACGCCAGACAGAGGGAGCAGAUGAUUGGAGGACCUCCCAGAGAGCUGCGACUGCUCUUGUUAGGCUGGAAGGGCGUAGGAAAGAGCUCGGUGGGGAACUCCAUCCUGGGCCGUCGGUACUUUGAGUCGGGCCAGGAGACGGAGCUGUGUCUCAGGAGGCAGGCGCUCGUUUCCGGCCGUCGGAUCACAAUCGUCGACACCCCUGGCUGGGACUGGUUCUCGGUGAGGCGGACCCCAAAGCGCAUCCGCCAGGAGUCCCAGCGUGGAGCUGCCCUCCUGCGACCCGGACCCCACACCCUGCUGCUGGUCCUGCCCGUCGUCUCGUCCCUCACCGCCAGGAAGAGGCGGACGCUCCUGGCCCACAUAGAGACUCUGUUUGGGGACAGUGCGUGUCUCCAUACCAUGGUGCUGUUCAGCUGUGGUGACUGGCUGGGCCGCACGCCCAUCGAGGAGCACAUCCUUAGAGGUGGGAGGGAGCUGCAAAGACUACUCGAAUACUGUGGGAACUAUUACCACGUCCUGGACAGUAAGAUUCCUGGGAAGGACAGGAGUGUGUCAGUCCUCCUGGAUAAGAUGGAGGAGAUGAUCAGAGAGAACGGGGACAAGGCCUUCCUCCCCAUUCAGACCGAGUGGUUGAGCGAGGAGAGCUCUUACUCUUCUGACAACACUGAGCCCGAGGAUGACUGUCGAGGAUGCCAGCUACAGUGACACGACUGCACUAAAAAGGGAAGUGGUCCGGCUUUUUAUCCUUGUUCUGAGCCUCCAACAGGCCCAAACACCACCUCACAUAACUUAAACCUCAUCAAAAAAGACCCGAAGAACUGAUCACUGAGCAAAAGCUCGAACCUGGACUGAAAGUGCAAACUCUCCUCCAAAACCCAAGAGGAAGAGAAAUAUUCUGCUUCUGCUUCAAGGGACCAGAGCUCGAUCCCUGUCCGCGAGCAUGUACACAGAUAUCAACUGCUGCUAAAGAGACCCUGUUUCAACACUGCAGAGUAAAGAAUUACUCGUCAUUAUAACUAUAUGUUCAGACCGCACUGAUACAAGCUGAAAGCAUCAAAUCAAAACCAAAAGAAGACAAUAUUAUCAAGACCAGUAGGACUCGUAUCUGCAGUAAGUUUGUCACUCUUGGUUAUUAUAAGACUGAGAGUAAUGUCUCUGUGUAUGACUUGUAUCAUGAAUUUGGACUGGACUUUAUAAUAUAGCCCCCUCCCCCCUUCUACAUCAAGUGCCAUUCCUGUCAUUCGCUUAAAAUUAGUUUGAAUUAAAAAGGAUUCAAAGGAAACCGAAACAUGGACAGUGUGACAAAAGAUUAUAAUGUGAACUGUGCUUACAAAUGUAAAAAAAAAAAAAAAGGAAAAGGUGAGGAGAGUCUUGUGUUGUUGUGGCCAUACGGUAUCUCAAAAGAACACAUUCAUGUGAUGAGUGAUAUUAAAACUCUCGUCAUUAAAAGAAUACUUCAUCUUUUAAAAUUCCCUUUUGUAAAUCAGUUUCUCAACCUGUGCUACCUUGAAUUCUUAAAGAAAAACUUUUUUUCCUGCAGGCCUCCAUGGUGAAUCUGAAAACAGAGAAAAUCCUUCAUGAAUUCAAGUAAAUUGCCAUUUCAAAAAGGCAAAACUGAAUGAAAACAUCUGUUUCAAACUCUCACACAACUGGUGCAGGAAAAUCCAACUCUUUUAUCCAAUAGUAUGCUCAGUACUUCCCAAACACAUGCAUCUUUUAACAAAAUUGUACUUACUGCUACUCAUCUGGACUUAUACAGACCAAUUAUACAUAAUGUCAUGCCUUAAUAUGAAGGUAAAAGCUGAGUUAUAUAAAAAUCUACCUCCCUCAGAGUUCUCAUGAAGAGGGAAAUAAGCUAUAGAGACCAAAACAGUUUUUUGUACCAGGCUGUAAACAUGUUUAUUUCUGCUGUAAAGUUGGGCAUUUUAACAUGGGGGUCUAUGGGGAUUGACUCUCUUUUGGAGCCAGCCUCAAGUGGCCAGUAGAGGAACUGCAGUUUGGCACUUAAUGUGUGAAAAUACAUGUUUUGGGGAAGUAGUGAGCAUAUGACUGGAUAAAUGAGACUUGGAGCACAACUUUGUGAGAGUUUGAAAUGGAUGUUUUGAUACAGUUUACUGUUGUUACACCUGUCCCUCAUUUACUUUAAUUCAUUAAGAAUGUACUAUGUUUUCUACUGUUUUCUGAUUCUUUGUUUACCGUGUAGACAUGCAAGAAAAACAAUGUUUUCUUUUACAAAUUCAAGGUAACGCGUUGAGUAGCUGAUACACAAAUGAUCAUUUUAAGGGUGAGGUAAUCCUUUAACAUGUGAUCUGUUUCUGCUCAGGGAGUCAGGGUUGAGUUGCUUCCUCCAGGGCAAAAUCUGGUACAUUAACAGAAACGCUGAUUAAUGCUGAUUGCUAAACUGCAGACGUAAGUCACAUAUUAAUUCAGAGUGGAGUAUUUGCUUUCGUUUGCUGGAAAUAAAAGAGAGCCAGUGUUUGCACUUUGCUUCUUUCGUGCUGAAAAACUAAAUUGAAUCCAUCUACAGAGGUAAAUAUUCUGAUCCCACCUCUGCUGUAGCAUUCAUAAUGAGAACAGUUACAGGAAAGGCUGUAUUGAAACUGUGUGCAGUCUCAGAUCCCUGCAGAGCAGCUCGGGGCUGGUUCUGCUUCGCUGUUUGCAGUCAUGCAUCCAGUGCAUUUAUAUCGACAAGGUAGAUUCAGCUACGUGCCUCAGCAUCAAAGCGUGAGAGUGGGAGUACUGUGCAGCCCUGCGGCAGGGCAGUAUCCUAUAGGCUACAUCAAGCUUUCGCAUGCUACAGAAACAACAUAACCUCAUGAACCAUUGGAGCUCACAUAGGGCUUUUAAUACCUUUUCUACAUCAGUGAGACAUCUGUUCCUGUGAUCACUAGCGAAAAAAUUAAAAAUAUAUAUUCAGCUCUCAGAGGCAUGUUAAGACGACGCAUGCAGAUAAACGAGUGCCUAUAGAGUUGAAGGCAACCUCACUUCUUAUUCCUCUGACUCUUGCCCGAGCAAGGCUUUGUGAAUUUCUUGUAUGACACAUCACAUCCCUCUACCCUUACGACUGCAAAAAAUAAAAGAAAAAAGUGGAAAACUCCCACUCUGAAAGGUACAAACAAAAGCAUAUAUAAUAUGUGACCGAUACCACUGCCAUGCUGUAAAAUGUUAUUUUCUACAAACGAUGUAGCCUCUAAAAAGAAACCCUGACACUGCUUCCCCUACGCUUUACUGACUCUGUGCUUCAUCUAGUGAUGUAGGCUACCGCAGCACUUUGUGUGACAAACGCAUGACUUUACAAUUUGAUAUGAGGAUGUUUCAAACAUUCAUUUGGAGUCUUAGAGUCCCACCUCACCUGUGAAUAUGUCGUAUAAGCCGUGUAUAUCUACAGUGUCAAACAUGUUACAUUGUACGCUUUUAGCGAAGCAUUUUGCACUGUGUUUAAGUCCUCUACCACUUUACUGUGGCCAAAGUGAUGUUACUUCCUGUGUGGUCCCUUCCUAAAUGGUGAUUGCAUCAUCAGUAUUUUGCUCAUCCUCAGACAACAAUAAAAGAUAUGGAUAUAUUGUUGUGUA